AUGACAGUCGCUCCCAAACACUCAGAGCCCGUCUCUGAAGAAGAUUCAAUACACACACCUAACAACCACGCCAAUGAAACAGCAGCAGUAGCACCACCAAAGAAACAACUUAGUCGGAAAAAAUGGUUCAUAAUUGGUGCCAUUGUGCUUCUCAUGGUGUUCAUCUUGAGUUUGACCCUAGGACUGUACUACGGCCUUAAGAAGCCGCGGCUGAAGUAUGUGUCUUCAACAAAGGAGCACGGCGGCGUCAAUGAGACCACUGCCAAAGACAGCUCCGACCAUACUCCCUACCCACAACCCAGCCAUGACCCAAACAACAACUCUGAUGAAGAAGAAGAAAAAGAAGAAAAAGAAGAUGAUAAUAACAAAAACAAGGACAAAAAAGGUGACAACGACAAAGACGGAAAGGAGCCCACCAAAGAGAAAGAAGGUCCCUUCGUGGACCUCGGUUACGCCGAGUAUGAAGGCAAUGUCCUCGAUAGUGAUAUUCACGAGUAUCUCGGCAUCCGCUUCGCCAAAGCUCCCUCAGGUGAUCUGCGCUGGCGAGCUCCUGUCAAACCAGACUCUAUGACUAAACCCCAGAAGGCUCAAGAGUAUGCUCCGUACUGCCCAGGAGUCAACGAUGGUAUCAGCUCACGCAUCGACGAAGACUGUCUCUUUGUCAAUGUCUGGACCCCAGCCAACGCCACAUCUGACUCAAAGCUUCCCGUCAUGGUCUUUUUCCAAUCUGGAGGCUACAUCAGAAACGCAUCUCCCUACGUAAACGGGACACAGCUCAUCACUGCUUCGGACAACAGCAUCAUCUUUGUCAACUUCAACUACCGCGUCGGCAUGUUUGGAUUCCUCGCUGGAAAGGAGGUCAAGGAGGACGGCGAUCUGAAUGCGGGUUUGCUAGACCAGCAGUUUCUGCUGCAAUGGGUUCAGGACCACAUCCACAGCUUUGGUGGUGAUCCAGAGCAUGUUAUCCUCCAUGGAGAAUCUGCCGGUGCGGGAUCUGUGGCUCUUCAACUCGUUGCCUACGGUGGUAAAGACGAGGGUCUCUUUGCUGGUGCCAUCGCCGAGUCGACAUUUAUGCCUGGCCUCCCAGAACCCGACGACCUCCAGUAUCAGUUUGACCGAGUUGCCAACGGAACAGGGUGUGUCGAUACUGAUGAUAUCAUGGAGUGUCUUCGCGACAUAGAAUCAUCUGACCUUCAAACCCACAACUCUAAGGCUCCUUUCGAUGGCCGGACUUAUCAAUCCUACUUCUACUGGGCCCCCACUACAGAUGGCGAUAUGUUCCCAGACCACCCCUCCAAGCUCUACGAGAAGGGUGACUUUGUCAAGGUGCCAAUCCUUUCUGGCUCCUGUACCAACGAGGGCUCCAACUACGCAGUCAACGCAGGAAGCUCAGCCCAAUUCAUCCGCUACAUGCAAAACGAGUACCCCUAUCUCACCACCGACGACACAGAAACCAUUCUCGACCUCUAUCCUCAGGAGCCCAAGCUUCCAAAGCACGAUACGUGGUUCCCCUCAGCCUCCCGCGCAUACGCAGAGGCCACCUUCAUCUGCCCUACCAACAACAUCCUCAACGCCUUUGCCAAGCACGCCGACCCCAAGACUCUCUGGUCCUACCGCUAUAACGUCCAGAUCACCGAGUUCAUCGACGACGGUCUUGGUGUUCCCCACGUCGCCAACGCACCUGCAGUCUUUGGCCCUGAUAUGACAGCUGCCAAAGCUGGGCCCAGCUACCGCACUUACAACGCCCCUAUGGUGCCCAUUGUUCAAAACUACUGGAUCAGCUUUGUUCGCAGCUUCGAUCCCAACACCCAUCGUGAUGAGGAUGCUCCUCAGUGGGAGACCUGGGGCGAUGACCAGAACCGACUAGUGUUUGAGCUUAACAACAACACCAUGGAGAGUGUGGAAAAGGGCCAAAGGGAGCGUUGCCAGGCUUGGCUCGACUUGAGCGAUUCGACGAAACAGUAA